AUGCGGUACGUCCUUCCUGGAGGUCCCGUUGAACGUUUUCUUACAUUUAUAAAUAUAUUCAGUCAUAUAGAUGAGCAGCUGGCAUUAUAUCUAACAGACUUUUUGGAAAAACAAAAAAUCGAUAUUGGACUAUGCAGGGCCAGUCUUACGAUAACACAAUUAUGUACCACUCUUGAGGAAAUUCAGUUUAGCGAAAAUGAAAAAGUAGAUACCAGAAACACCGCAAAAGAUCUUAACAAUUCAUUACAUCUUCUGGAAACAGGCAUAUUAUGCGAGAUGUGGAACGGCAUAUUACAGGCCUUCAAUAAAUGUACCAUUAGUUUGCAGAGUUCGCAAAUUGACAUUUCAACAGCAGUGGCACUUUUAAAGUCUUUGCAAAUAGUGAUUCAAAGCAUCAGAGAUAACUUUGAUAUGUACGAACAAAGAGGGGUCGCUAAAACUCGCAACAGCAACUACAAAACUAGCGGCAUGCGUAAGAAAAAGAAUAAAUAUGAUAAUGCGUCAUUUGAAAAUUUUAUUCCCAUCACCGACAAACUGAUGCAAGAAUUAUCAAAUCGAAUCACGGCUUAUGAAAAUAUUAAAAAAAAACCCAUUACAGAAUAA